AUGACCAAAGGCAAAGGGCUCGUGGCCGUUGGCUAUGAUCGCAAUCAGAUGGUCAAUGAGCUCAUCAGCAUUGCCCAUGCAUCUGUGCCGCUGCACAAGGGAGAGUCCGUUGUCGCCAAGAAAUUCGAGGCCGAACGCAAUGUACUCCGCGCCGAGAUCCUGAAGCGUGACGCUACCAUCAACCUCCGAGAUGAUCAGAUCGCCACUCAGAAUGAUCAGAUCUCCGCUCAGGCCUUCUACGUCACAGAUCGUGACCGUUCCUACGAAAAGCUCAUCAUCGAUUUUCACAAGGGGCGCAUGGGUAAGCGUGGUGCUGAGGAUGAGAUUGUUGGAGCUGCCGACGACGCGGUUCUGGAUGUCGACGAGAGCGAAGGUGGUGAUGUUGCCAAAGCUAGCAAGAACGCAUACGACCUGAAGGACCUCAAAGACAUCAUUCUUAAGAUCAAGGCCCAGCUUGACGAGGACUUCGGCUUGGACUGGCCGCUGCCUUACCGCUUUAAACGCGGCUGA